UAUUAGUGAAACUGCGAGUGGAAAAGGCAUUUUUCUCCUACUCGCAUUUGAUUGUCGAAAAUUUAUCAUUUUCCGAACGUACUCAAUUUGGAUCGAAAGCGCUCGCUCGAACGUAGGCAAACGUGAAAAGUGGAAAACACUACUCGUGUUACGGAAGAAUCUGUGUAAACGGCAUAAUUUGACAGUGAAAAAUUCUUUUUCGCUUUGUCGCGCGCCGUGAAAAGCAGUCAUCUUUGGGCAAAGGAAGAAGUCGCCAGCCACGCAAAAAGAAGCAAAUAAAACGUGAAAAGGGAUCUUCGCACCAUCAGCGGGAAAUUUUAGGAGCGCACUUUCCGCAAGUUAUUUUUCUUGUCCGUAUCCAAUAAGGCACAUCACAAAAAUAUACGUCCGUGCUCUGUUUGCUGGAUUUUCGACUUGCGGAUUGCUUUCACUUUGUGUACCCUUCCAAGAGCCAGUAUUCCCGAAAACAGGAUACACCGCAGCUAAGUGUCGUGGUUUAUUUUUGUGAGUCAAAAAAGCGAAAUCAGGCUGGAUCUUAUUUCGUAAUUUGCCUGCCUACGAAAGGGAAGGUAAUUUGCAAAUGAAGAGUGCAAGCAGUGAGCUAAGUAAAAACGAAGCAUAAAGAAGUUGCAGUAACUUGGCGCGACUGUUAGUCAGAAGUUCGUCACGAAAAAGACACAGCGAAUAAAGAUUACAUAAAAGCAAGCAACAGCUCGUCGCUCCGAAACCUAUUAGGAACUUAUAUCGUUGAAACGAAGUACAGUUUUUUAUUUGCUAAUUUUUGCAGUGAAGAGGGAAAAGUUUUACGUGUUACAUCAAACAAAACGAGUGCAAGCUUUGUCGGAAGUGUAGUAUUUAUUUAAACCCAACGCGUCACACCGGAAUACGAGUGUGAUACUGUCGUCAGUGGUCACCGAUCGGCAAGUCUUCAGCCAAAAUUCCGGUCCCGACGCGAAACCAUAGGGAAGGCUCUUCUCUGGGCCACUCCUCGUCGUCCUCAUCCGCCACGGAAGACAACGAUAUGAACAACAAGCGGAGCAAGACCCGCCCCGGUCCGGCAAGGACCCAACGGCAACGUUCGAUCACGGCGGACGGCAUCUACAGCAACUCGCUUUUUAUGCAUGCGGCCACAUCACACGUCGGCAACAUUGUGCAGGUCCAGACGGCGUCCGGUGUUAUAUUCGAGGGCGUAUUCCGGACAUUUUCAUCACAAUUUCAGGUUGUGCUGGAAAUGGCACAUCGCAUUGAGGUCGGCCCAGAUAACGACAGCAAAAUUAUCGUAGACUCGGUAGUCGACCGGCUCAUAUUCAAGCCUAGCGACAUCGUCAGUAUUGCUGCCAAAGAUGUUGACUUAGAUUACGCUACCAGAGACACAUUUAAGACCGAUACCGCCAUUUCUCGUUGCAACGGCAACGGCCGACCGGAGGAACGCGAACUUGAACCGUGGGACGAAAGUGGCACUCUGAAUGGCGACUGCGAAUUCAACUUGGAACUCGACGCCAAUGCCAACGGAUGGGACGUGAAUGAUAUGUUCCACAAGAACGAAACGAUUUACGGUGUACAAUCAACGUUCGAUCAGUCGCUUUCCGGAUACACGGUGCAGAUACAGAAGAAAGAUUCGGAUGAUUUUAAGGCACAGGAAACAGAAGCAGAACGAAUUGCCAAUGAAAUAGAGAAUAAUCCGGUGUACAAAGAUCGUAUCGACUUAGAAAACGGUGACGAAGAAUCGGCUUUCGCAGCUGUAUCUCGGCCGUCUAACUCCAGUCCACAGCCGUCGUCUGCGAGCACUCUUUCGCCAGCACAAAGUUCUAAUAGUAUGAACGAUAAAAACAACAGUAAUAGCUCAGUGAUGCCAUCGAAUGCUAAAUACAUCGUGCCCGCAAAGCGCAAACCGGGUCAGGCUGGCAAGUUGACUGUUCGGAGCACUCCGCCACCAAUAACCAAUAACGGUGGACCUCCCCAGCAGCAGCAGCAGCAACAACAGCAACAACAGCCCCCGAGCCCUCAGGCGCCACCCCACAAAAACAGUUAUCCUAAUAUGUCAAUGGCUUCACAACAGCAACAACAGCAGCAGCAACAGCAACAAUUACAACAGGCACAAGCUCAACCUCAACAGCCGCAACCACCCAGCAAUCAGCAUAGUGGAGGAAUGCAGCAACCAAACCCUCAUGGGUCUCAAUAUGGAAUGCAUACUAAUCCAUCGCCGUAUGGGCAUGUUCAACAUCAGCCCCAUCAACAGCAGCAACCACAGCAGCAACAACAGCCAGUGCCGCAGCAACACAACCAACCGUCGGUUGUAAAUAGUAACAAUAACAUGAACAAAAUGAACGGCGACGGAAGAGGAGAUAUGUCGAACAGUAGUAACAUGAAUGUAAAUAGUAGUUCUAAACCAUUGCCUCAACGCGCUACGCGGCAAUAUCCGAAUGCUGCGACGGUAAACUAUAAUGAGCCACCACCCUCGCUCGGUCCCCAGCAGAUGCCCCCAGGACAGAUGCAGUCCAUGGGUAAACCCCCAAUGCAUGUCACUCAUCCACAUCACGCUGUGGCCACGCACAUUCCGCCGCCCACAGUGGUCACUGCAGAUCAGCAGCAACAGCAAAUUCAGACACAGGUGGUAAUGCAACCGCAUCAUGUUGUCCUUCCACCACCCAUAAUUGGUGUUGCCACCGGUCCUGCUCCUCCCCAGCAGCAACAACAAAUGCAGCAACCGCCACCGCAACCUCAACGACAAGUAGUAGUACGAUCGCGUGAUAUGGAUGUUGACAAUCUGCGUAAAUUCGGGCAAGACUUCAAAUUGGCCCCGCCCCAGCAGCAGCCACCGAUGCAAAAUGUGCAUCAACAACCACCUCCGCAACACAAUGUUCAACAAAUGCAGCAGCAACAGCAACAACAACAACAAGAUCAUUCAUCACCUAACCAACCUCCUAUGGAAUCCUCUCCUCCUCUGUCCCAAGUUCAAAAACACUCCGUUGUAGAUCAUGUACCACAUCAACAACAACAGCAGCAGAAUCAAUCCUCUCAAACACCUUCCAGUAUGGUACAUCAACACCAGCCCCCACAGCAUAUAAUGCAAUCUCAGCAGCCCCAGCAGCAGCAGCAACAGCCCCAAUCUCAGCCCCCUCCACAACAGCAGUCCCAACAACAACAGCAAACCCAACAGCAGCAACAUCAGGCGACAUCAUCCUCCCCGCCGCAAACAGUUCAAUCCACUGUACAUAGCGGACUUCCUAACCAGAUCAACACAUCAACUAGCAGUAGCAACGGCAGCGUUGCUGGUAACAAUUCUAGCAGUGGAACUGGUCAAAAUAGUACAUCAGUGGUUGACAGCAGUGGUGGUGCUGGCGCUACCAAUACUGACGGUACGGCAAAGGUUGCUCCGAAGAAGACUUUCACGCUGAAUCCAGCGGCGAAACCUUUCACCCCACGUAGUCCCAGCACUCCAAACCCGUCACGUCACACGUCUUCUAGCCCUCACACUCCACAAACGCCGGGACCAGUGAUGGCCCAACAGCAGCAGCAACCGCAACCCCAGCCGCAGCAAAGUGCCUACCCGGGCCAGCAACAUGUGGCCCCGCAGCCAAUCAUUAUGUCCUACGUAAUGCCAUCGCCGCAGACCGCAUUCCAGCCGACGCAGCAACACCCACACGCUGGCCAACCGACGCGCAUCCGGAAAGGUUCAUCAUCACCUUCUCAAAGUUGGACAUCAGAGAGCAAGGUUUGGGCGAAACCUCAAAUCUGGUACAAAUGCAUUGAUAAUAUUCCCGUUGCCGCGUCUCAAAUUCAAGUCGCUGCGGCCACUGGGCAGCCGCUACUGGCUCCGGCACCAAUUCAAAUGUUCCCGCCUUAUCCGCCAACGAUUCAUCCACAGCAUUUCCAGGCCCCGCCAUUCCAAUCAUAUCGAAUCUAUCACGAAACUCCACAACCAACUCAGCUACAAUAUUUGGCACCAACUCCGCCAUCGACAACGCCCUCGCCUGGACAACCGCAUCAGCAAUAUCAUCCGGGGCCGCAACCAUCACCCGCUGCCGGGGGUCCUCCAACGUACGCCCCAGCGCACCAGCAGCAACCCCCGCACUAUCCAAUGAUGUGUCCUAUUGUGGCUGCACCGCCCCAGAUCAUGCCUACGGUAUACCCGAAUAUGACCCCUGGGGCGCCACAGCAGAACCACCAUCAACAGAAUUUACACUUAAUGCACGUUGCGCAGCAUCCAUCCGCUCAGUAGCAUAAAUUCAACGCCACCGCCGCCGCAGUCGCUGCCAGCAGUAAUAAUAGCCACCAUCCUCAUAUACAUCAUCACCAGCACUAUCAACAUCAGCACCAACAUACGCAACAGCACCAUCAUCACCCACAGCACAGUACGGUGGCCACGGUAACCACCAGUAUCCACCAGAGCAGCUACUCACCCUACGGUAGAAAGUCUAUUAAGAACUGAAGAUUCUGAAAAAGAAGUCAUUGGCUGCAUUUUAAGUUUUUUGAUGUGUCAUCUGUUUCACUUGUACCGAUUAGAGGCGAGCAGAGAAACUGACUUACGUUGAAGAACGAACACUGAUAUGCGCUUAGGUUGGUGUGUGAGAUGAAAGCUGCAUGUAGAAUUGCUGUUUCCGAUGGUCAGGGAAUGGAAGAGAGUCACUACUAUCUACUAGACUACUUUCAGUUGUUUGAUUGUUUUGCGGCGCAAAAUACGUUAGUACACUAAACUAGAGUAGCUAUAACGACAUGUACAUUAGAAAUGAACGAAAGCGGGAUCGGUGGUAACAAGUAGGAAGGCGCGCUACAUUUUAUUUUAAAACUACCAAGAAUAAGCAGUGAAUAAAAGUGUUAAUGGGAUGUAUGUGAGAGAGGAAAACAAACGCACGUGAAAUAUAAGUAAAGCAGCGACGCGUUAGCUGGUACCGGCUAGCAAAAAUGCGCACGCAGCAAUUACUAAAAUAGUAGAUCAAAUCAAAAGUCGUUUACAGUUGAGGAGUAAAGUGAAAACUAGCAAAGAUAUUGCCUGUUCAAUAUCGUUGAAAUAUCCGUUUAGAGAAUAGCAGACAGAUCCGGGACAUGGUAACCUGAGGAUAACUAGAUACGCUCGUUGGAAAAAAAAAUCAAGUCUGGAAUAUACUAGCGAACAUUUUGUUAUCUUGUUUUUACAGCAGUGAAUGAAUAUACUUGGUUAAUUUAUUUUGUGAAACAAUCUUUUUGUAAUCGAUAAGAAUAAUUGCAAGCUGGCGAACGUUGGAAUUGAGGCAGAUUUUUUAGGUAGUUUAAAUUUUCCACCGAUAACUAAAUUUGUCGAAGAUAAAGUUUGUAAUAUGCUAAACGGGCACAAAAAUGGUAUUUCUUUUCCACUCAUAAACGGAUUAAAACGGUCAAAUCGACGUCUGUAAACAUGUUCAACACACCCACAUUAAUUGAGAAUCUCUGCACCACAAAUAUUUAGUAUAUUUCUCGCAAAUAAACACUCUGCGUUUUUUCUUCGAUUUAUAAAAACUAAAUUACGGACAGGUUAAUAUUAAAUUGCUUUUCUAUUAUUCUGGCAAAUGUGGUAGCAUUAGUAGUCCUGUUUACUUUUGUUUUUCGCAAAGAGAUUAUUCGGUAAUCAUGGCUUAUUGAUACUAGCGUUAGUUGUGACCCCGAAGGCUUAUCGAUUUGGGCAAAUGUUAAAAUUUGCAAUUUUGCAGCAUUCUUUUUUCAGUUUGCUACAAAUACAUUUGCAUGUCUCUGAGCUUUCUUAUGUUACAAUGUGAAAUGUCGUCUAUUAAUUGUUCAGUAGAAAUUUUUAAAUUUUCGCAGACUGUUGUACUGACUGUUGAUAAAUUUGUACAUAACUUGUGACGAUUUUCAAUUCGUUUGUUUGUUGAACAACAUGCGGUGCCACUAAAACCUCAGUUUUGUUAUAAUAAUCUAUUUUCACGUGCCAACGUUCGCCGAAAUGUAGAAAAGAUAUAAUGAAUUCCCAAACUGGUUCGAAAUAUCGCUAGCGUGAUUUUACAUGGAAAAGCAUGCAUUUCUAAAAAAUGAAUUGCAUCGGACUCAAAGUUUUCUUAUAUUCGCAAACAAGCGAACUAUGCAACAACUGUAAGAAAAAGCACGUUAGAUAAUGAGUUACACUAGUGAGAUAAGCCGAGUAAAAAGGAAUGCGUGGAACGUGCCCACAGUGUAAGGCCGCUUUUCUAUUGAAGUUUGAGUUCCCACAGAAUGGCAUGAGUGUGCUUAAGAAAUUCAUAAUACGUUGAAAUGUAAUGAUGCAUUUGUAUAGACAAAUGAAGAAAACUAGCACAGAUCGUGUGAACGCGUCGAAAGUCACGGCGAUCGAGAGAUCAAAUAAAAACAGAACAAGAGCAAAUCGAAUUACUUUAGCCAAUAAACCAAUUGUAACUUAUUAUGAGAAGAAUAACUAGCCAAAAGAAAUACUAACAAACACAAUGCACUCGCAAACGGCGAGUGACUCGAAGUGAGAUCGAGGAAAAUGAAAGAAGGAAAUUGUCACAAUAAUCGGUGCUAAAACGAAUACAUGAAAAAGUUGACAGCAGAGGAGCGAAUUCAACUUCUAAAGUGGAGCACACGUGAAACAUGUUAAACAUGUUAAUCAAAAGAUAGCAUAGCGAAAACCAAACGAAGGUAAACUUAAAAUGUGACGGUGAAAGAGGAGAAAUAGAAGUAUAUAUUAAAACAGACAAACAUCAAUUUGGCCAGCGUGUGUCUGACGGUUCGGAGCGUAGAAUUUUUGAGUUUGAUUUUUACACCAAAAAUUUGGUUUCUUCAUAUCUUCAAAACUCGAUUUUUGAUCGCAAACGUGUUUUAACACAUCAGCACUCAUCACACAAGCGAUAGAUUUUCGUAAAUCGUAAAAUAAUUUGAAACUCGAAAACCGCCACAGCUUUUAAAAAGGUCCGACAUAGGUUAGCCAGAUGACACAAAUCAACUCCGCAGAAUGAAUUAGCAGUACUGUGAACGUACAUAUUGCAUCGAACGACAAGUUCACCGGGAACUGGUCGUUACGAAAAAAAACACCCAAAAGAUGAUGAGGGGAAUGCGUGAAAAACUCUGCAUUAGAUAAUAGUCUUCAAUAGUUGGUAAACAAUGCUUUCUAUCAGAAAAUUUAUGUUUUAUUUUUUUGUUCAAAAUCGAUUUGCAGAUCGUGCACAGAUUUUUAUUUCACAAGUGAUGUGGAAGAAGUUAUAAAGAAAAAAAUGUUGAGAGAGAUACUAAAAGAUUCAAGAAGUCUUCGCCUUAACAUCAUUUGUGAACAUCAUUGUAUUUUCAAAAAUCAAGUCUAAGGAAAAACAAAAAGCGAACAAAAGAUCAUUGUUGUGCAACAGUAUCGCGAGUAAAAAAACACAUGUGAGAAAAAGGAAAAUAUUUUUUGUUAUUCUGUUUUUUGUUUGCCUAUAGCGUUCCUUGAACUUCGAAAAGAUCAAUAUCCCCUAUAAAAAUUGAACCACACUAAAGGUGGCACAAUGUUUCGCUUGGGGAUUACAUAAAUUCAAGGAACAAAAAAAUUGUUUUUAUGAUUAAAACAUCAUUAUUUUAAGUGACAUAGAAAACAAAUCUAAAAAUAAAACAAAAAAAAACGCUAAACAAACCGAACCAGAAA